CUUCAAGCUUUCACAAUAUACGGUAGCGUCGUUUACUGCGGCGUUACUAUACAAGGGCCUUGGGUUUAGUUAGGCUCGCUCGCUGUGUCCACAAGAGGGAGUUGCCGCAAUUUCAAGAGAGGCUCUGAUUUCUCGUACUACGUACGCACUGCUUUCUGAGCCAUUGUGCAAGUAUUGGUCUUUCAACCGUGCAUUUAUUUCGGCCACUUGCAGAAAGUUUGUACACAGAAUUUGACAGGAGCAGCAAAGCGGCCAUUUUAAGUAGGCCCACUUUUCAACAAACAGAAUACAACCCCGCCUGUCGUUUAACUCUAGGUUUAAGGCCAACAACGUUACCAACUGAGCAUUACUUGAUUGACCACUACCGGACAUACUGGCCAUGGCAGACACAGGGGAACAAGGUACCACCACCACCACCACCACCACCACCACUACGACUGGUUCCUCUGGCACUACAUGUACAUUUAACAUAGACUAUGUCAAGACUCCUUUUGGUAUCGUAAAACUGGUGGAACUGAUUAUCGGCAUCAUCUGCAUUGGUUGUGUUGUUGCAUACAGCGACCAUUCUUUUACCCAGUGGUUCAUGUUUGUGUCGUGUUCAUGCUUUCUAGUUACCACUGUACUGCUAAUCAUCUUCUUAUUUGGGGGAGACACCAAACUGACCCUCCCGUGGCCGCUUGUGGAACUUAUCUACGGUUUUGUAGCCAGUGUGUUGUACCUGAUUGCAGCUAUUGUGUUAGCGGUGUUUGGGUACCGAAAUUCAGCACUCAUUGCUGGCACAGUGUUUGCCUUCUUCAACGUGAUCUUGUAUGCAGUGGGGACUUUCCUAAGCUUCCAGGACUGGAAAGGAAGGUCCCCUGGGAACGUUGCAUAGUUACCUAUGUCUACAUAAAAACUCUACGUACUGCAUGGGAUUUAAGUACGUUUUGUCAGACAGAAUUUGAUCCACUUUGUGGCGCUACACUUGAAGCCUACGAUUUGUCUUUGGAUUGCAAAGAACGAAAAAGUACACUAUACAGCAUAUUGGGUUAUGUGCUUUAACCAGCGAAGCACUACAUAUAGUCAUUUUGAAUAAUGAUGGAACACUUUGUCACUGCAUCGUGUUAUUCUAAAAAAAUCUUCUUGUGUGUAGCUAUUAUAUUUAUGCUGAAUCUUACCGGGCCAGGAAUUCAGCUGUUUUUAUAUUCUCGGCUGUAGUUGACAUGCCGUAAUCCAUACAUUUCUGUCUUUAUAUUGUCUCCGUGUUCGUAUUACCAGGUGCCAUAUUUUAAUCGGUGAAGUAUUAUUAGGGGUUUCUGGUCGACUAGGUAAAAUGUAUUUUUGAGUUGUUAUGCUCUUUGUUCUGGGUGUAUUUCCCAGGUUUUUAACUGUUUGCCUAGCAGUGAGAACCCUGUUGUGGUAUCUGGUAUACUAGGUUCUGGGUGUAUUUCCCAGGUGUUUAACUGUUUGCCUAGUAGUGAGAACCCUGAAGUGGUAUCUGGUAUACUAGGUUCUGGGUGUAUUUCCCAGGUGUUUAACUGUAUGCCUAGUAGUGAGAACCCUGAAGUGGUAUCUGGUAUACUAGGUUCUGGGUGUAUUUCCCAGGUGUUUAACUGUAUGCCUAGUAGUGAGAACCCUGAGGUGGUAUCUGGUAUACUAGGUUCUGGGUGCAUUUCCUAGGUGUUUAACUGUUUGCCUAGUAGUGAGAACCCUGAGGUGGUAUCUGGUAUACUAGGUUAAUAUUUUGUGGGAGCUGUUAUGCUCCUAUUCUGCUGUAUGUUCGUUUGCCUAGUCGGUUUUACCAGAUAUCCCUGUUUUUACGUGCACGGCUAAGCUGAGGCUGUUGCCUGCAUUUUCGUCAUUAAUAAAUGACAAUUUUCAGUCAUAUGGACUUAUCUUACUUAA